UUGUCCGGGUAAAUAAAAUAUCUGAAUCCAAAUAUGAGUUCAUCUUCUUCAAUUCUUUCAAUCCCAAAUCCAACAGCAAUGGAUUCUACUGUGAAGCAGAUAACACUUUUCAAACCUCUGAAUCUGAGUCUUAAUUUUCGCAGAGGCAUCCAACAGAAGCAGCAACUCAACUAUCGCGUUCGCUUCCACAACUCUGUUAUGCCACUGCGGUGCUCAAUUUCUUCUUCCGGUGGGGACCACCUCCAUGAUGCUAGCAUCGUUCUCCAUGUUCGGGGAAUGAUGUGUGAGGGUUGUGCAGCUAGUGUUAAAAGAAUUUUAGAAACUCAACCACAAGUGUUAUCUGCUACUGUGAAUCUAGCAUCUGAGACAGCACUAGUUUCACCUUUACUAUCCGAAGAAAAAACUGCACCAAAUUGGCAAAAGCAGUUAGGAGAGACACUUGCAAACCAUUUAACUACAUGUGGUUUUGCUUCUACCCUUAGAGUGUGGUGGGUUAAGUGGCAGGUGAGGAAGAUAGAGACUAAAGGAAUUAUCAUCUAGAGUCAACGAUGUAGGUGAUUCUCUGAGGCUACUUGUGGUGAUUAUUGGAGAGCCAUGUGAGUGCUCAGGUGGCCCUGCACGGUGUACAAUAUACUGAUGUUGAAUUUCAAAUUAGCAAUUAAUCCCUAGUUAUCAAGAAAUUUGUGGACUCAUUGAUGUAAAGUUGGUUUUUGUGUGUAUAAUACACAUGAUUUCUUCUGGGUGAUUUUCAUGCAUUCUUUUGUGCCAAAUUGAUUUUCCACUUCUAUAAUUUCAAUUGCUUCUCGA